GACACAUGUCAUCACAAGAGAGAUGAUCUUUUAUAGAACAGAGUUUUAUAAAAUUUACUUUGCAAAGCUAAAGGUGUGAUUCCGUUUCCAUUACCAUUAUAUAUAUUCCCCUACCCUUCCCCGGCUGCUGGUGCUGCUGCUUUCUCCUCCACAACAAGCUCCUAUCAAGCCAAAAGAUAGAGGCGAGAAGCAAUUAACUCCUCCCAAAAGAUAGAGGCCAGGAUCAAGGUCAGGCUCAGCUAACUAGAAUAUAAUCAAGAUCGCCACGCACCAUGAUCUUCCCUUGUGCCUUCCUAGAUUCCUCAAGCAGCUGGAAUACUAACCUGCAGCAGCAGGUGCAGCCAAAUAGCAGCAAUAGUAUUAGUACUUCAGCUGUUGCUGGUGGUGAAGCCAAUCUUCACCAACAUGGAUCAGCCAUGCCUGCCGCUGCCGGGGAGCUUGCUGAAGGAGGAGGGGCGGCCAAGCCGAUGCCCAUGUCGGAGCGCGCCCGGCUAGCAAGGAUCCCGCAGCCGGAGCCAGGGCUCAAGUGCCCCCGCUGCGACUCCACCAACACCAAGUUUUGCUACUUCAACAACUACUCCCUCACUCAGCCCCGCCACUUCUGCCGCGCCUGCCGCCGCUACUGGACGCGCGGCGGCUCCCUCCGCACCGUCCCCGUUGGCGGCGGCUACAGUCGCCACGCCAGGCGCGCGAAGCCAAAGGCGUCAUCAUCAGCGUCCACCGUUGCAGCCACUACCGCAGCAUCGGCAUCGGCAACAUCGUCGGCGUCCACUGCCACUGUGACGCCCAAUCUCCGAGUUAUGCUCAGCACCGGUGCGUCGUCGAUCCUGCCGCCUUUGCAGCAAUACCGUCUCACUGACUUUGACAUGGCGAACCUUGGCUUGAGCUUCCCUGGGGGCGGUGGGAGCAGUGUACCGGGGUCGGGGAUGAUGGAGCAGGAAUGGAGGGCGCAAUCGCAGAUGCACAGCUUCCCGCUCUUGCACGCUAUGGGUCAUCAGAUGGCGAUGCCGAGCAUGUUCCAUCUAGGGUUAGAGAGUGGAGGCCGCCAAGGUUUCAGCAGCGAAGAUGGACGAGAGUUUCACGUGAUGCCCAUCAAGAGAGAUCAGGAGUACCCAACUAGGGCCAUGUAUGGAGAUGUCACUGGCCAGCAGGCUUUCUAUUAUUCCGGCCAGUAGCUAGCACUGCAGGUAACCUCGAUCUAGCUGACCAGAUCAGCGCCAAAUUAUCUAGCUAGGUCUAUAUAUGAAUUACAUGAUCAUAUAUGGUGGGUGAUUGAAAAUGGUGUUAUGAUCUGAUGUGCCGCACACAAUCUCCAAAUAUUGCAAGAACUUGACGGGGAGAUCUCGUUAAGGAGAAAAUAAUGGAAACACGAAUUAACACUAUAUAUAACGUUUGAUCGAUUA